UCAUCACUCCACACCACACUGUACACUCAGCAGCAGUACGGAGUCAAGCUAGGCUCAUAUAGUCACAAUGGCCGUGGAUCUGAACCAGUGGACCGGAGCUCUUGCUUUACAGGAGGUCGAGGAAAAGCCUGCCGUGCCCCUGACUGUAAAAUACGGCUCUGUGGAGAUCGACGAGCUCGGCAAAGUGCUCACCCCAACACAGGUGCAGGACAGACCCACCUGCAUUGAAUGGGCAGGAUGUGACGCCAGUAAACUGUACACCUUGGCCCUCACAGACCCUGAUGCUCCCAGCAGGAAGAUGCCUAAAUUCAGGGAGUGGCACCACUUCCUGGUCGUCAACAUGAAAGGAAAUGAUGUCUCCUCUGGCUCCGUCAUGUCGGACUACGUGGGCUCCGGUCCUCCUAAGGACACAGGUCUCCACAGGUACGUAUGGCUGGUGUAUGAGCAGUCUGGCAGCCUGUCCUGCUCCGAGAAAGUCCUCACCAAUCGCUCUGGAGACGGCCGUGGUAUGUUCAAGAUCCAGGACUUUAGGAAGAAGUACAACCUGGGGGCCCCGGUGGCUGGAACCUGCUACCAGGCCGAGUGGGAUGACUACGUCCCUAAGCUGUACGAGCAGCUGUCUGGACGGUGAAAACAAAAGACCUCACAGCACUGACACCUGAAGGAGACCACUGGUCUAAACAGAACCCAACGAUUGCAAUAAGUAAAAAACCCGAACAGUCAUGAUUUUGCAUUUAUUUUGUGUGCCACGAAUUAACAUUUCCUCUGCUUUGCUGCCUACCCACAUUUAUCCACUAAUAUAAAAACAAAAAUCUAAUCUCAGCUACGUCAUCUCCACAAUAAAUCUGUUCAACACUGAA